GCGGCAGUCCCUUGUCUCCUUCUCCAAGAUGGCGGUGGCGGGAGGCAUCGCGGCGCGAAGCGGCGGCGCGGAGUGAGGCGGCCGCGCGCCUCCUACCUUCCCCUCCCUCCGUUCGGCACCGCAGGCCGACAGCGCUCGCCGCCACGGAGGCACGCCCAGGCCUGCUGCAGGGGCGGAGCCGCGGGCUGGAGUGAGGCCGGGGCCCGCUCGGAACUUUUCCUGUAGAUGGGAACAGGGGAAGGAGCCCAGACGUGGCAACAUAUUCUCAGGCUUCUGCAGGACCACCAUGGCUUAUGAUGACUCCAAGAAGAAAGAAGAAUUCCUAGAGAGUGACCGAAGUGCUGAUGACAUCAGAGCACAUCGAGAGAAAAAGCGAUAUUACAAGGAUGUCGUGCAAGAGGAGGAGAGGAUAACAGCUCAGGACAGUGAGGUCUUUUCGGGGACAGAACAUCACAAAAAGAAGAGGAAGCAUUCCUCCGAUGAGUUCUGCUCCAGGGGUCUUUCAUCUUUGGAUCUACCAUCAAAGAAGAAAAAAAAAGCAGUUUCUAGCCCAUCCUCCACUGACAAAAACAUGGAUCUACUCAAGGCUAUCGCCACACCUUUGUCCACAAGCUCUAAGUCUUCAAAGAAGACCUCUGAAAAAUCAUCUUAUUCUUCCUCUGGACAUUCUGAAAGCAGAAAGGAGCACCACAAGAAGAAGAUGAGUGGGAGCAGUGCAGAGCACUCCGUGGACGACAGCAGCUUCCACAAAACUAAAAAAAUGAAACCUCUUUAUGUGAACACAGAGACACUUACUCUUCGUGAGCCUGAUGGCUUGAAGAUGAAACUUAUCCUUUCACCAAAAGAGAAAAGCAGUGCAACAGAUGAUGAUUCUUUCUCAAGAAAGUCCUCAAAGAAAUCAUCUCGAGAUGAGCAAGGGUCAUUCCAUCUGGGUCACGAACUGCACAGCUUCCUGAAGUCAUCUCGGAAGAAGCACAAACCUCCAGACUCACAUCCCCCUUCUGAGACUUUUGGUAGUGAGACAUCUGUUUUUUCAGAAGGCCAUGGGAGUGAGUAUGAGAUUUCAGGUAUGGAGGCACAGCCAGAAUCGGGAUCCUCUUCUGGUGGGGAAUUGGAGGCCGGUGAGCUAGUGAUAGAUGACUCCUACCGGGAAAUCAAGAAGAAAAAGAAAUCAAAAAAAAGUAAGAAAAAAAAAGACAAGGAGAGGCACAGAGAGAAGAGGCACUCUAAGUCUAAGAAGAGUUCAGGGCACUCUUCUGUGGCAGUAACAGAAAUAACAGUAUCACCACCUCCUCCUCCCAGCGCUCCCUAUGUUCUUCCUCCACCUCAUCCUACUGUUUUUCACUCAGAUGGACAAAUUGAGAAGAGGAGGAAAAGGGAAGAAAAGGAGAAGGAAAGAACUGAGAAGUGGGAAAAAGAAAAGGAAAGAGAAAAGGAGAAGGAAAGAGAAAAAGAGAAGGAUAGAGAAAAGGAAAGAGAAAAAGAAAAAGAAAGAGAAAAAGAAAAGGAAAGAGAAAAAGAAAAGGAAAGAGAAAAAGAAAAGGAAAGAGAUAAAGAAAGAGAAAAAGAAAAAGAAAGAGAAAAAGAAAAAGAAAAGGAAAGAGAAAGAGAAAAAGAAAAGGAAAGAGAAAAGGAAAAAGAAAAGGAAAGAGAAAAAGAAAGGGACAGAGAAAGAGAAAAACCAAAGAAGAAAAACAUGUCUGCCUAUCAAGUGUUCUGUAAGGAAUAUCGUACCAAUAUUGUGUCUGAGCACCCUGGGAUAGAUUUCGGAGACCUUAGUAAAAAGCUGGCAGAAGUUUGGAAGCAGCUACCUGACAAGGAUAAACUGAUCUGGAAACAAAAAGCUCAGUAUCUGCAACACAAGCAAAAUAAAGCAGAGGCCACCACUGUGAAGAGAAAGGCAUCAUCUUCAGAUGGGGCUCCAAAAAUAAAAGCUUCUCCACCAGGAGCCAUUUCCCCUCAUAAGAAAUCUCCCACCAGCACUGUAGUGUUGCCUUCCUCACCAGCCAAAGCCCCUGAGACUGAACCUAUAGAUGUAGCUGCACACUUGCAGUUGCUGGGUGAAUCUCUGAGCCUCAUUGGACACAGACUGCAGGAAACAGAGGGAAUGGUGGCUGUUUCAGGAAGUUUGUCAGUACUUCUGGAUUCUAUCCUCUGUGCUUUGGGGCCGUUAGCAUGUCUGACUACACAACUACCUGAGUUGAAUGGCUGCCCUAAGCAUGUUUUGUCAAACACACUAGACAACAUCGCUUACAUCAUGCCUGGACUUUGAUGGGAAAGGAUCCUGGGAUUUACUCAACUUCUGCGUGCACUGACCUGUGUGCACGUGCGUUACACCGGCACUCUCCAGGGGCUCCACAUGUAGUGUUUUUGAAGUUUUAUAUAUGUACAUUACAUGCAUAGGAUUGUAUUUUAUGAAAAGUUGUGAAGCUGAGAGAACCAUAAUCUCUUGGUGGAUGAAAUGUGAUCCGAUAUGGAAAUAUUUGUAAAAAGAAUUCAGAAAGAUUUUGAGAUAUUAGCCUUAAAUACAGAUCCUUUAAUGGGGGAAGCAGCCAGAGAACGUACUUUUGGAUGUAAGGAAAAACAUGUAACUGUGAGAGCAGUCAUUGAAACAGGUAGCCCAGAGAGGUUGUUGAAUCUCCAUCCUUGAAGAUGGAGCUUUCUCUAGCUGAACUUACUUUAGAAGCAGGGGUUGGAUGGUUUGGUUAAACCCUUUACGAGUAUUCUGUGAGCCGGUAGAGAUGGUAGAAUAUUUUGGAUCAAGGAAUGGAACUGAACUCAUCACCAGCCCCAUUUCUGUUCUUGAGUUUAAAAUCUGCUUGAGGGGAAAGCUGGAUAGCUGAGCAAGGAUACAGAGAGCUUUGACUCUUGAUCACAUCUUCUGAGCCCGCUCUUCAGUCAGUAAAUAGCUGAAAGUUGUCAGUGUCAGCUCACCGGUCUGGUAGCUGGCAUUUGAAAUGAAGUUGAAGAUAACAAUUUAAUCUUUUCUUGUGGACAUGCACCUAAGUCAUCCCUAGUUUGAUGUAUCAACAGACUUUCUUGGCUUCAGAGAACGAACUUUCUGCUGAUUUUUUCAGGGCGUGGUCAGCCUGCUUUGAUGGAGAGCGAUAGCAAAUGGGAAAAUAAUUGAUUGAAAACUUUGAUUUCUGAGACUGCUGACCCCCCUCUCUUUCACCAGCAGCGUUGAAAGAGCCACGGUGCUGCUGUGGGAUGGUGGCUGAUUGCCAGUUAGAAGCAGUUACAGCUGACCAAGGCACGUGUGUGUUGACAGGACUGGUCCCCCUUUCCUGCCACUUGCUCAGUGUUUGGCUUUCCGCUCCUCUAGAAGAGCUGUAGGAAAGCACCUGAUUUUCAUAUAGGCUUUUGUGUGUCUAUAUGUGUUUACGUGGUGUUCAUAUCAUAUGUAUUUAACUUUUACCGAUAUCUAACAGAUUUUAAUUUAUCCUGUACAUUACUGUGUACAUAUAUAUAUGUAUAUAUACAUAAUUUAAGAGCAGAAAUCCCUCCCUCCACAAGCAGUGGGAUCAGGUUCACCUCACCGCUCUUCCUGCAGGAAUCAGCUGUGUGUGCAGCACUACGGAUCGGCAGCACGUGGGGAAAACUGUGAGCAUUUGCAGAAACAGGCUGGCUUGCGAAGCUGAGUUUUCCUCCAGCACCUCCAGCCUCAUAGCCAGGUGCUCUGACUCUCACAUCUGUGUUCUUGACCUGAGCCUCCGACCCAGGCAGACACAUUUUAACGCAAAGGGACAGAGGGAUCCUCUUCAGCUUUGUCUUCUCUACAACGGAAACCUCCUGGAGAGCGACAAACUGCACCCAACCCCGCUGUAUUGUAUUUGUAUUUAAAAUUUGUACACUUUGUAUAAUCUGUAUCUUGUGGUAUUUGGUACUAGAGGGAAAACUUUGGCAAGACUUAGCAGUUUUUAUAUUUUUGUUAUUUCCUUGCCGUUUGAUCCAGACGCCCUUACAACACCAACCUUUUUGUACUGUCCUGACAAUAUAAUUUCUUUUUUAA